AUGACGACUUUGUUAAAUAAUCAUCAUAAUAAUAAUUCACUACCAAUACAAAUAUCACAACAACAUGUUUUAAUUAAUAGUAAUCAAAAUGAGAGUAAUCAGCCGUCUUCAUUAUUUAACUCUAUUUCACCACAAAAGAAAUUAUCACCAACAUUAAAUUCAACAAGUAUUCCACCCCCACCACCUUCAUCUUCUUCAAAAUAUCCAUUGGAGCUUUCAGAAAAAGGUCAAAUAUGUAAUUUAAAGAUUAAUUUAGAUAAAUCAUAUUUUACAAAUGGAGAAACAAUAAGUGGUAAGGUGAAUAUAUUAUUAACAGAGAGACAAUGUAUAAAGAGGGUGAAAUUACAAUUAUGUGGAUAUGAAAAGAUAUUUCAACAUGCACAACAUUCAAAUAAUACCUAUCAAACAUUUAAAUUUUAUAGUGGUAAUUUAAAUAUACCUCCAUUGAAUGUAAAUAUUGAGACUACAUCAUUAAAUUCAUUACCAAUUUCAAAUUCAGAGAAUAAUAGUCCAAUAUUAUUACCAACAACAACUUCUACACAAAAUUCAACUUUAUCACCAACUUUAUUAUCGUCAAAUUUAAAUUCAAAAUCAUCAACAACAACAACGACAACAACAGGAAUGAUGUCAUCAGUAUCAUCAUUAUCAUCAUCAUUUUCACAACAAUUAACAACACCAAUACAUGAAUUUGAAAGUGGUGUUUAUGAAUACCCAUUUUCAUUUCAAUUACCAAAAUAUUUAGCACCAUCAUUGAAUUAUAUUGGUUAUUUAUCAAUAUUUUAUUUAGUGCAUUGUAAAGUUGAUUAUUCAAAAGGUAGAGAAUGGAAAGAUCAAAAAGUUAUGAAAAGUUCUGAAUUAUGGAUAUCAGGUAUUAAUAAACAAUAUCAAGAUUAUCUAUUAUAUAAUAAAACUCAUUUCACUUCUCAUAAACUUGCUCAUUAUUUAAAUUGGUUAUCAUUUGGUACUAAUACAAAUAGUAAUAAUAGUAAUAAUAAUAAUAAUAAUAAUAAUAAUAAUAAUAAUAAUAAUAAUAAUAAUAAUAAUAAUAAUAAUAAUAAUAAUAAUAAUAAUAAUAAUCAACCCUCUACAAUAACUAAUAAUAAUAUUAAUAAUAAUAAUAAUAUUGGUAUUAGUAAUAAUUAUAAAUCAAAUCCAAUUGAAAUGGCAAUUUGUUUAAGAGAGAAUAAUUGUUAUAUUGGAUCAAAAGCAACAUUUUUCAUACAAUUAAAGAAUCCAUUAAAUUUAAAGAUUAAUUCAAUUCGUGUUGAAUUAUUUCAACAAAUUUCAUUUAUAAAAACAUUAUCAAAUAGUAAUAGUAGUAGUAGUGGUGGUAGUAGUAAUAAAAAUAAUAAUGGUGGCGGUAUUGGUAAUGAUCGUAUUUCAAAUAUUCAAAAAUCAAAUAAAAAGAGUAGUGGUAGUCAUAGAUAUCAUUAUAGAAAUAAUAGUAGUGAUCAUAAUAUUGAUAAAACUAAAGUAUCACAAACUCAAAUACUAUUACAUAAUUAUGAUUGUAGAGAAUUAUUUAAAAAUCAAACAACAACAUCAUCAUCAUCAUCACAAGAGAUAUUAUGUUCAACUAAUUUACAAAUAUUAAUACCAUUUAAAAUUGAAGAUGACCAAGUUUUUCCAACUACUAGAGGUUUUUUAUCAACUGUUAAACAUUUUUUCAUCAUUUCUAUUCCUUCAAUCUCAAAUUUUAAAUUAAAAAUACCAGUUCAUUUAUGGCAACGUUUUGAUGAUAAUAAUUUCACAACAAUUAGUAAUAAUAUUCAUUCUUUACCAUUUCAUACAAGUAAUAGUUUUGGUAAUAUUAGAAAUAGUUAUAGUAGUAGUGGUAGUGGUAGUGGUAGUGGUAGUAGUAAUAGCAAUAGUAAUCAUAGUAGUAGUAAUUAUUUAAAUGAACAAGAAGAGAAUUUAGAUGAACAACAACAACAAAAUUAUGAUGAUGAAUUUUAUGAUGAUGAAGACGACGAAGAUAAUGAUAGAUUUAAAUUAAAUCCACCAAAAGAAUGGAAAGUAUUAUGGUUACCAAAAUGGAAAGAUGAAUCAUCAAUUACAAAUUGUAAUCUUUGUGAUAAUACAUUUACAAUCAUAAGGAGAACUCAUCAUUGUAGAGCUUGUGGUGGUGUGUUUUGUGAAGCUUGUUCAAAUCAAAAGGUUUGUUUAUAUGGUUUUGGUGUGAACAAUAAGGUUAGAAUUUGUUUAAUGUGUUUUGAUGCUGUCAAAGCUGAAUCAUCAAAUUCAAUCUAUGGUAGUAAUAUUAAUAGUUCUAUUUUACCUUUUAAAAAUGGUCUACCACUUCAAAAUGUAUUUUCAAAGAAAAAAGUUUAUAAACCACCAUAUUUAGUUCAUUUAUAA